AUGCUCCACCAUUAUGGCUGGUUGCUUCAUGAGAGAGAGAGAGAGAGAGAGAGAGAGAGAGAGAGAGAGAGAGAUGGUGGGUGA